ACUCUUGCAAGCGCAGCGAUUGGCGAGCUAGCGAAGCGGUGGAUACGAACAGCGUGGUCUAGUCUAGUCGAAUGAAAUAAACUCGUAAUCGACGAGACGAGUCGAGUUUUUAUGUUGUCGGAGUGUGGAUGUUGAAUUUGUUCGCUCCGUGCCUCCGUGCGCGUGUUCAAGUCACAAUACAUCAUUCUCAUUUAUUUUACGUAUAUUCACAAACAAAUAAAGUGCCACGAGACAGUGUUCAAGUGUCAACGUUUUAACAUAUGAAGUACAUUAUCUGUGAUUUAAUACUAGACAAGAGGUAUUUUUAGAAGAUUAUUUUUGUGAUGACUGAUGAUGGAAGCCCAAAACGUGGCUUGGUGACUGUCGUUAUGAAAGAUUUUUGUGUUUAAUUACAAUUGUUGGCUAUUGUCAUUAAUUGGUACCAUGGCCGUUUUCAAUUUUGGUGUGUGUUUAGUUUUAGUCUUAUAUCAACUGUCGGCAGCUUACAGCGAAGAUCCUUUAGAAACCACGGAUGUUGUUGCUGACUCUAAAGCGGAGAACGACGCUGAUGGUGUAAGGUGUUACUGCAAUACAGCACAAUGUGUGUCGACUGGUUACAUGUGCCGGUCACCGAGUGACGGUGGCUGUUACAGCGAGCUGGCACCGAGGAGGACUCAUCACGCCAGGCAUGGAUGCCUGCAUCACUUAGCUGAGACGGAGAAUGAGGCACUGUCAAGAUGUCAGAACUCCCCAGUGGCUGGUCGUCCGCCACCAUCGGGGGAACAUUCGUUGCUGCUGUGCUGCUUCAGAGACAUGUGCAACCACGAGGACAGCCCCCUCUCCACGGCCAGGCUAAACUUCACUUCUGGUGAUGUGGAUACAAACUCAGUGGCUAGCGAGCGUGGCGGCUACAAUGGCGAGGUGUGGUUCAAAGCGGCCACUAUAGCUGUGCCAGUGUGCGGGGCGCUGAUACUGUUCCUCCUAGUCGCUGUGGCUGUCAGGUUGUUGAAAGCAGACGCUUUACUACAUGCCGAUAGAAAGUUAAGAGGUGGUUACAUGUCCCCUUUGGCGCAGAAUACUGAAGACGUGAAGAAAGUGUGGGUAGGAGCAUCCUCCGCCCCGCUAUUGGUCGCCCCUGGCGGCUGCCUGGUCGCAAUAGAAAGAGCACAACUCAUAGACUUGCCACCAUCUCAACAGCUCUGUGAUAUACAACGGUAGGGACCCGUUAAUUGUGGUCCUAGGGAACUCCCUUUCGGUACUGCGUGCUUUUCAAUAAAACCUCAAUGUCAAUUCUAAGCGGAGACUUUCGCGAUUUGAAAAUCGAACUAAAAUAGUCUGCGGAAAAUAACAUAUAAAAUAUUUCAAAAUUGGAAUGUUUACAAUUGACCGAGAGGUCGGCAUGAGUGCGUAUAGUCUUGUGAGGUACAAAUUUCAACCUUACCUCUUUGUAUAUAGGGCGUGUGAAUAGCGGGCUGCGACGUGGAGUGAGCUCUAAGAUCUGCUAUAGUCGUGUGAUGUAUGGACUGAUUUUAUUUUAGUACUGAUUAUGACUCUGUGAUUAUCACUCUAUGGGAUUAAAUAAAAGGUUCAAUGAACUUAUGUAUGUUUUUAAUGAUGUUUGUAUUUGACUGCCAUUUAUAUCUGAUUAACACAGCAAUUCAUAUAAGAUAUAAAAAUAAUGAUUUUUUUUAAUUCCAUAAAUUCUUACGAAAAUGAUAAUAUUG